UGAGCGAGCACACGAGCGAGGAAUUUAAAAGGAUGCUGGUGCUUUUUACGCCUUUUUUUUCGCAUCCCUGGCAACUACUUCUUCUUCUUUUUCGGUAUUGACCGCUUUUUGUCCAGCGUGAGGACCUGUUUCGGUACUACUGUAUUCUUCAUAAUGGUUUGUUCAACAACCUCGUCGUUUCACCACUCCGUGCGUCUCUGCUCCCCGUCUGGGGGUGUUUGCUUCACGACACGGCUCUCUCGCGUGCUGUUUACCGCGACGGCGAUAUUUUUCAGCCACUUCUCCGUCCUUGCCGAGCAGCCGGGCUUCGACUCCGAUUUGUACAGCGCCAUUGAGGAGUUCACCUCUUGGACGGAAGACCCGGGUACCGAAAAGUGCGAACGCGUGAAGUUCCGCGUCCCCUACCCGGUGGAUGAGAGUAGCACUACCGCAAGCUCCGGGCAAGAAAAGCAUCAAGGUGCAUCUGCGACAAAAAAUCCAGACUAUGUCACGGUCUCCCUCGCGGACGUCAUGUCGACAAUCGAGGACCAUGUCCGGGACCGGACGAAGGGACCAAGAAAAACGAGCGAUCAGGACCAAAACGCAUUGCUCCUGGAAGAGGAUGAGAAGAUAAAAAAAGUUUCCUACCUCCGGAGGUACAGGGGAUUCAAGAAUUUGAGGGCGAUAACGGACGCGAUGUUCUCGAAAGAGGCGAACAAGCAGAAGAGUUUGCUGGUGGUGAAAACGAGCAAGAGCAGCGAUAAUAUAAAACAGAAUGGAAUCAUAGGAGAUUCUCAGGUUAUGAUCUCCUCUCUCCAUUUCGACCUAAUUUUGCUUCGAAAAUCUCUUGCCACCGCCAUGGCGGAAGCGAAAACGAAAAAUUUUGGGAAGCAUUUUGGAGUAGCAUCUACUUCUUCGGGAGAUGAACAAGCAGGAGGGUCUGAAAAUAGUUUUCAAAGUCGUGUAAUUUCCACUUCGAAGGACGACAAUCUAGCGCUUGCAUUGUUUGAGAAAGCGGUCCUGGAAGACGAGGGGAAAAUCGAGUUUCUGACGAAAAAUGAGGAACGACUAGCAGAAGUUGACGACAGGAGAACUACAACGGUCCUCUCUGGCGAUUAUAUCGACAGCGCUGUUGACCACGAUUCCAGCGCACAGGACAUGAUAGUUUUGGAAACAAAACCGACCACAGAUGAGAAGAAUAAAUCCACCGAAUGGUACCACUGGUUUGACGACCAGACCUCCCCCUUCCCCUCCGCGAAGGCAAAUUCGGUGUUUCAGAUGCAGAUGCUGGAACUGCAGCUCACGACGAUGUAUCCUCUGCAAAAGUAUCGUACUCGUAGUAAUUGCAGCCAUGCAUUACAAAUCUCGUUCCCAACGCAAAUCAGCAUAAGAAAUUCCAUUUGUCAUGCUGAGCGAAUUCGUGUUGCAAGUACUAGUAGUACGAUACUUUUGCAGUUCAUACGAUGAAUAGUAAGAAAGAAGAGCUUGCAUGGGCCUGGGAGGCGGUUGUUUUGACCUUAAUCGCAAAAGCGGACGCAGUUUCUAAUGGUAGCAGAGGUGUGGGAGAAACAUCAGACGCUUUGUCAGAAUUGAAGCGACUGGAGGAAGAAGUGCUUCAUCCGGUCGUACCGAAUGGUCGUGCGCAAGACGGAAAAAUAGAUGCACCAAACAGGAGUUCUUCCACCUUCCGCGCCUUCGCCCGGCAUUUGGAGGCUAUCCACCCGUAUUUCAAUAUCCUGAGUAAAAACGUACCCACACCAGAGUCAGGAUGGGGAUUUUGCAACACAAACCUAGGAGUUUUGUGAGUCACGCAUGACAAGUUGCACUCUGCAGUGUAGUGCAGGUAAGCAAGUGCAGCCGCAUCACAGAUUCAUCUGCUCAUCCUGUUCACAGCAUCACAAAUUCCAAAAAACGAUUGGGAAUGGCUCUCAUGCGGAUGCGCAUUACAAGUCUUCCUGUCUUUGCAAAUCUGCAUUACAACUCUGGUGUGGGUACGUUUUUACUCAGGAUAUUCAACGCCUUAGACCGCGCGGAGCAGAACACGUUGCUACAGAUCAGAACGUUUCAAAUGCAAAAAUGUCUGGGUCUGGGAGAUUCCGAGAUUUGUCAUGCCGUUUUUUCAAGCUCCGCCACGUCUGGAAUGCAGGGCCUAGCAUCACAGGUUCUGCAGCUCCUUGGUGAUGCGUGUCCUGCAUGACAAAUGCCCUCUCAGCAUGGCCAGGUGUGGGCACCUUUUGCACGUUCUGCAUCACAGAUCUUUGUAGGAUCCGAAACACGCAUCACAAGUUUGUAUUCUUCCAGACCCAGACAUAUUUGCAAUCCAUAGAACGAAUUUGAAGUACAAGUUUCCCCAGGGCUACGAGAUCAACCCGUUGGGGAAGAGGACUUCGGGGAGAGGAAUGGAAGAAGGGCGGGACAACGAAGGUACAACAGUGUCAGAACCACGACGAGCAUCGUCCCUUCUACUACCCGCACCCACCCCCGGAACAGACCUGGUGCUCGGUAACACCCUUUACCCCUACCACGACCGGCAACGGCACACCUUUCGGGACUUCACAGACCGACUAGAGAUGCACAAGGUGCGCGACAAUUCUCUCUACAAGUACGUUUCCAUGGACGCGAUGCACCCGUAUUUCCUAGUGAUCGAGGGAAUUCUGUUCGGAAACAAGGAGAAGAAAGGCACGAGUCAGGACGACGAGAAGCAGAACCAGUCCUGGCAGCGACGGAUCGCGGCCGAUUGCUUCCCAUUUGUCCUGCUUCUGGGAAAUCUGUACAAUUUCGACCAAUUUCUGGCGAACAACGGGGACAUCUGGCAGCCGAUUUACCAGGCGCAGCGGAAGUUCGUCGAGAUUCAGCAGAACAUCCAGAAAUUUGACGUUUUGGCGCAGGUGCUGCAGUUAUGAAAUGCAAAAGCAUCGUACUAGUAUAAAUCGCAUGACAAAUUUUCUCAGCAUUAGAAUAUACAAUUUGUAAUGCAGGGUUGCCUCAGGAAAGAGAUUUGUAAUGCGUGACUGCGAUUACUACGAGUGCGAUACUUGUGCACAGGAUAGCAGUUGCGACUGGACGGGGAACAUAGCGAAGAAGAUGGUGCGGAGAGGACGACCACGCUAGCUGCCCUCAUAUUCACUGCAAAUAUGUUUGGGUCUGGAAGAGUCGGGGCUUGCCAUGCACAUUUUGCAUGGCCCGCGAGGUCUGUGAUGCUGGUGCUAGCAUCACAGUUUUUUUGGGAGCUUGUUGAUGCUAAACACGCAUGAGAAAUGCCAUACAAGCGUGCCAAGAACUGACUCCUCUUGUUGCUGCUCAUGCAACACAGAUAUUUCUAGAAUCCGCAGACAGCAUUACAAGUUCCGCUCUUACAGACCCAGACAUAUCUGCAAUGCAUGCCUCACUCCCUACGACCAUGCCAUCCGGAAUCAGUGUUUCGCCUCCGAGCACACCCUGCGACGGAUCAAGCAGAAGACAAAAACCGCGUUUCAGUCCAUGUAUGAGUCGCAAUCCGCGGGGAACGAGAUGUUCGCUUUAGAGAUGUCGCAUAAUCGCACGGCGGAAUUUCGGAAAGGGAAUCUAACGAAGCAACAGCGGAUGGACAACUACAAAUCUGUCCUGUACGAAAUCAACGAACUUUUCACCAACGAGCUGCAACUCGAAUGGGCGCCGAAGGGGGGCACGUUGAUGGCGUUCCUCCGGUACGCGGCAAACAGUUUUGACGUCAGGAAUUCCGUGAACAGUCUUGGGGAAACAAUCGUCAACGGGGAAGAUGACCACUUUGACUUGGAGAACGACGAUAUCGAUUUAUUCAUUGGCGCGGAAUCCGAGACGCACAGCCAGCACAUCAUGCUGGAGAUCACCGAGAGGCUAAAGCUAUGCAUUGCAAAAGUACUAUGGUCGUUGUUCUAGAAGUAGGGUCGCACGAAGACAAGUUUUUGUAAGAUCAGAAAUGGAGUCUGUCAUGCAGAUUUUGCUCAAGGAUUUGAUUUGUCAUGCCAGGCUGCGACUUGUACCUGCGAGUGCGAUGUUGUAUUCUUGCAAUGCAUAAAAGCGGUCGCCAUUCGGCACCUUCCACUGUUUCGGAAAAUCCGUCGUGCACGACGCGAAUUUUACGUGGCGAAACGAUCUGUUGUUCUGCAUGCGAAAAGAACCGGUGCUGAUGCUCCUGGAUAUCGGGAGCUAUCUCAAGGUCGGGAAUCUCGCGGUGGCGCACAGGUUGUGUGAAGACGCGUAUCAAAACUAAAAAUCUCCCCUCCCCAUAUCGGGAUGAAGUUUCUGAUGCUGAAUUUGCGUACACAAAUCAUAUUUGUCUUGCAGUAGAGGACUUCAGGCGCUUGUCAAGCCUGAGUAGAGAGGUCUUGGCCUAGGCGCCUAGGAUGGCAAACAUGAAUGCUGUAGGCCCAACAGCAUUACAAACCGCCCGCAUAAUGGGGCGGAACCUGUGGCGUUGCUUUCUUGCAAGACAGACGCGAUUUGUGGUCACAAGUCAGCAUUGCGCUUUUCGAUAUGGGGAGGGGAGAUUUUUUCUUCCGAUAACGCGUCGCAGUUCACCGAUCACCCGCGGAACUGCGAGGUGCGAAAUGAGUUGGUGUUUCAGGACAAUAGUCUCACGCUGGACGAGAUUUACCCCUCGGAACUCUGCCUCGCUUGGAACAUGACGCUUCCCUUAUCUGAAGAAAAAACGUCCCCACCCCAUUGUCAAGUUGGUAGAUCCGCAACACAAAUCCCCACGUUUUGGGAGGUGUGCAUGACAAUUUUCCAUUUGCAGUGUAGUGGUGGUUAGCAAGGGAAGCCACAUGAGAGAGCCAUUUUCUCAUCCUGUUUACAGCAUUACAACCACCAAAACACGGCUGGGAAUGCCUCUCAUGGAGAUGCGCGUCACAGUUGUUCCUGAUGUCAUUGCGCAUUUGCAUUACAACAACUCUGGGAUGGGGACGUUUUUACUUAGGAUAGCCCUGUCCGGUGCCGGAAAAGGCUCUCAAAGCCGUCAUGAUCGGGGGCGAUACGGGGGAAGACGCGGGCUGUCCGUAUUUGCCUAUGAAAGUGCACAACUCCCCCGUCCCCCUCAUUUGUCAUGCAAAACCCCAAAUGCAAGCGCUUCCCUGUGGCACUGUUCGCAUGACAGACUCCGAAAGCUCUAAGAGCACUACUCUAGGCGCAUGAAACAUUUGCCAUGCACAGGCUCCGCGUGUGGUGGCGUUUCUAUUGCUGUUCAUGCAAUACAAAUGAGGGGGAGGUGGGGGAGUUGUGGACUCUCAUAUUGCCAACGAAAGAACGAUUGGCGAACUGGCGGGAAGAGGAUUGGACCAGAUUGCUGGACAGCAUGGAGUGGAUUGAGUCGCACAACGAAGUAGGAGGUGAUACAUCAGAGACCAGCAUGACCAACAGCGACAGCGAUGGAGAAACAGCAAGACAAAAGCCCCCGCAUGUGUUGUCAAUCAAACCCUACAUCUACGACGAUCCCGAGUGCCGGAAAAUCGUUUACAAAUACGCAAAGAACUACGAAAGAGUACUGGAAAGGAUUGAGUCCUGUUGCAAAAACGUGCAGAGAAGUAUCAGGAAAAACAGAUAUCUAUCAAAUGCAAAAAUGUCUGGGUCUGGAAAAUUGGAACUUGUAAUGCGUGUCAUGCAUUCCUGGAAAAUCUGUGUUGCAUGAGCAGCAAAACAGCGGCUUUCUUUGUCAUGCGAAAACGCAAUUUGUAAUGCGCGCCAGGCAUCAGCAGACCUCUCAAAAACUUGUCAUGCUUGGCUGCCAUUGGAAGCGCUUCAAUCAUGCGCAAUUCAGCAUCACAAGUUUCCAGACCCAGACCACAUUUUUACAUUUGAUAAUAUCGGUACUUCACGGAGGAAGUUCCUCGUGUAGGUCCAUCGUCUACUACAACUUCGACAAGGAAUAAGGGGAAAAUAAAUCGUGUCUACACGGCGCCGUAUGAUUUCUUGAAACACGGGAAGAGCAAGUCCGGAGCCAUAGAAUGGCGGGAGGAAAUAUCACGAGCAAAAGUGUUAACGUUAACGGAAUUUGGCAUGCAGGAACGCACGACAAAUGAUUCCCAAAUUUGUAUUGCCUAGCAUGCAUGAUAGCGAAAAUUUGUCAAGCGUGAUUGCAAUGCCCCAGAACCGUUAACGUUAACAGGUUUUUGUUUGAUAGGAGAGUACAGUGUUGGAGCUGUUCGGGGAUGUUGCUUCGCCGAAUGAAGUAGAUCUUGAUCUUCAGGCUGGUGGAGACGGUGGGGAAAAACUAGGUGCGGAGCCUGUGGAAAAUGUUCUUCGUAGUUCUGGAGCCACGACAGAGAAUCGUUUUCACGAAGCGGAUGACGAGGAGCGGGCGUUUUUGCUCGAAGAGGAAGAACUCUAGUAGGGAUGGCUCCGCUCUGCUGGUGCAGGUUCCGCAGGCGUGCUGCUCUGUGAUCAUCAACAUCUUCCUGCUUGCUGUCCCGCAUAGUAGAAGUAGAGUCGUCCUCGCAUGGAAUGAUAUGAUGAAAUCGAAAAUCUGGUCCGCACUCGGAAGUUUUCUCUUUCCGACAGCGAACGGGGUUUUCUUGAAUGAUAAAGUAUACACUUUUCUCAGUUAUGAUCGAGAAUGGAUAGUAACAGAAUAAAUACGCCUGAAUGACACUGUAGAUCCAAGGUUCUUCGUGUUGCAGAAGAUGGUAAUGGCAAAUGUGGCAAAACUGCGGCAAGUUCGUCGCCUUCGAAGUUGGUGAGUCCUUUUACUCGCACGAUGAAAUGAAACCGCAGAAGCAGCGCUAAUAGAAUCAUCGCCCUUGACAAAUGCAAGGUCGCAU